CGAUUAAUGUUCUGUGGCGCUUCGGCAGACGAACAUCGCGCAGUGGCGGCUGGUUGUGUUUUGUUCCGUAUGCCCGGGGGAUAGAUGGAUGCACAGCUUUUCGAUCAAAGCUUGUGCAUUUGAGGAAGCUAUACUGUGUUGUGCCUUUUUUGUGUUCAUGUGUAGGUUAGCGAGUAGGUGGUGAAACAUUUUGUGUGUGUGUGUGUGUGUUUAUGGGGGGCCAAAUUGUGUGACCAAAUUAGACUUUUUUUUGUGGGAAAAAUUCCAAACUUAUUGACGCGAGUGCAACAUUAACAAAGCUUUGUCAAGCGUGCUAAACGAGAGCGAGUGAAUUCCAUAAGAGCGCAUUACAAUGGCUGACACACCGGAAAAGGUUCCCCUGGAGGAGAAGCAGCAGCAACCGCCGGCCAACCCCUUAUACCCUACCCUCGGCCAAGAGGCGGCCAAUCCAUUGCUACCGCAGACCAAUCCACAAGGGUAUCCAAUGGCACCAAUGGCUACUGGACCACCAGCCCCGCCCGGUUACAUGCCGGUGCCGCAGAUGGCCGGCAUGCCGAUCAUGACGCAGCCAGGCGUCAUGCAGAUGCAGCCCGUGCUCGGUCAGCAGCAAGUCACUGGAUGGAUGCCUAUACCGCAGGGCAUUCCCAACUGUCCGCCUGGCUUGGAAUACCUGACAGCAGUUGAUCAGCUGCUGGUGCACCAGCAGGUCGAGCUGCUGGAAGCCUUCACCGGGUUCGAGACGGCCAACAAGUACACGGUGAAGAACACGCUCGGGCAGAAGGUGUACUGGGCGGUGGAGGACACGACCUGCUGCACGCGCAUGUGCUGCGGCCCGGACCGCCCCUUCGACAUCAAGAUCAUGGACAACUUCCAGAACGAGGUGCUGCAUCUGCGCCGCGAUCUGCGCUGCAAGUCCUGCUGCUUUCCGUGCUGUCUGCAGAAGCUGGAGGUGUCGGCACCGCCCGGCAACGUGAUCGGCACGGUAGUGCAGAAGUGGAGCCUCUGCCGGCCCGUCUUUGACAUACGCGACCGCAACAACGAAACGGUGCUAACGAUCCGUGGCCCGGUGUGCCAGUGUCCGUGUAGCGAUAUCAAGUUUGCCGUGUUCACCAAGGAUGGUACCGAGGUCGGUAAGGUGACGAAGCAGUGGACCGGCUUCGUGCAGGAGCACUUUACCGAUGCGGACAACUUCGGCAUCAACUUCCCGAUGGAUCUGGACGUGAGGGUGAAGGCCACCAUGCUCGGGGCACUGUUUUUGAUUGACUACAUGUACUUUGAGAGCAGCGACAACAAGAAAGUACGCCGUUAAACGGUCAGUUGGAGUUGGGCUAUAUUGUUUCUGAAACAACUCUUUGCUAUGCUGCGGAGCCUUACAAUUUAACUCGCCAAACCUCAACAAAAGGACUCUGAGAUGAGAUUUAACUACAACUUUGCAUUUACAAUUCAGGUUUUUAAAUAUUGCCUUACCGUACCGUGCCGUAGAUGAGAGUGGAGUGGAUUGAUGUAACGAUAAAUCUCAGGAAAACUAAACAUUUGAUGCAGAUAAAGGUAGAUGAUAUACAAUUCGUAGGUGCCACAAAGUGAAAGAUGUAUUUUGAAGAGAA